GUGUAUUUCAAAGGAACAGCACUAAAAGUUAUUGUUUAAGCUAGUAUAGGAGUGAUAAAAUAAUUAAAUUAAUCCAUAUGACUGAAAAAAUAAGUCAGCAGAACAAGAUAUCCUCGUUUUCAAAAGAGGUGGAUCAUUUCGAUGAGGAUUCUAGCUACGAUUCAGAUAAUGAGGCACAGUUCUCGUCACCUCACGUAAAUGUGAGCAGGAAUGUCUCGGAAACAUUAGGACAAGAAUUGGUAGACGAUUACAAUAAUUCGACAAAUUAUCGCCAGUAUUUGGAGUUUUCAUUAAAAUUAGGAUAUUCAGAGCGACUUGUACAGCAGGCUCUUAAAAGAUUAGUAAAUCCCACAAAUAAUGAGCUGUUGGCUGAGCUUAUUAAGUUAGGCGCAACAUCCGGAUCUAAUAAUGCAUGUGAUUAUGGAGAUAUUAAAAGCGAAAUUUGUGAUGAGAAUGCAUCUAUCAAUGAACAAGAUAAUAGUCUUCGUCCCAUCGUAAUUGAUGGAUCUAAUGUUGCCAUGAGUCAUGGAAAUAAAGAAGUAUUUAGUUGUCGUGGAAUUGCCAUUUGUGUUGACUGGUUCAAACAACGUGGACAUAAGGAUAUAACUGUUUUCGUACCCAAAUGGAGAAAGGAAAGUGCCAGACCUGAUAAUCCAAUUAAGGAGCAAGAGAUUCUUCAUGAAUUGGAAAAGGAACGAAUUUUAGUCUAUACACCAUCGAGAAGUCUAACAAAUGGUAAACGUAUGGUCUGUUAUGAUGAUCGAUACAUAUUAAAGCUAGCUGUCGAAAACGAUGGGAUUGUAGUGUCAAAUGAUAACUAUCGAGAUUUACUCCAAGAGAGCACUGAAUUUAAGAAGGUAGUCGAACAAAGAAUCUUGAUGUAUUCUUUCGUAAACGAUCGCUUUAUGCCUCCUGACGAUCCUAUGGGAAAAAUAGGACCAACCUUGGAUAACUUUUUAAAAAUUCAGCCAAAAAAAAUCGAUCAGCAGAUAUGUCCUUAUGGCGCAAAGAAGAAAUGUACUUACGGGAAUAAGUGCAAAUUCUUUCAUCCAGAACGUGGUUUGCAGCCACACAAAUCGGUCGCAGAAAGAUUAUCAGAUUUUUAUAAGAGUAAUAGCGAAGCUUCUAAGAAGCAGCAAGUUCAAGGAAAAUCAUUGAGUGUGCCACUUAAUAAUAAUGUUAAUAACAGCAACUUUCUUUCCGUCUCGUCGGGAAAUCCAGUAGAUAAUCGUAAGCAAGCAUUGUGUAGAACAACAUCAAAUCUACCCAAUCCGCAGCAACAUUUAGUUCCACCACCUAGUUUAUCAUUAUCACAACAAAUGAAUUCACCUCAACAGUAUCGACUUGCGCCUGUUCAGGCAUUAUCUGCAAGCACAUCGCCCACAAACAAUUUGAUGCCUCAUUUACAUCAACAACAGCAACAAUUUCCAAAAUCACAUAGCAUUGAUAAUCUACCUCGAGAAAUGUAUCAACAGAAGCCAGUAAGUUAUAGCAAUAGUAAUCUCUGGAACCAGCAAGGCCAAUCACAACAGCAAGAACAGCAAAAUAUUGACAAUUCAGACAUAACAUUGAAUCUCCAUAAGAAACUACAAAGGCAAUUAUCCCUUUUAAAUCCAUACGAUCCACGUUUAUAUCCAAUUCAACAACGUUAUCAUAAUCCAUCUAUGGCGCCACAAAAUCAAAAUCCCGAUUUGUUUUUAUCCUCUCCACCCGCUCAUAAACAAUUGACGGCAUCACAUUCGUUAACUGGAAGUGCUUCGCAAACACACUUUGAGCAUCAAAACGUCAUGAGAAUAGCUUCAGCUCCAAACUCAUCAAAUAUUAAUUGGGCAAAUAAUGCAAAUAAUCAUCUGCUUCCAUCAACAUCCGCUUCAGAGCCACAAAUAAAUUAUUCAAUAUUCGAACAAAGGCGACGCUUACACUAUCAUUUGUGCAACAUAUUUCCGCAAAAGAUUGUCGAAGAAGCAAUGGCAAUGCUCCCAGAUGAGACAAAUCCACAACCAAUCUGUUCAGCUAUCUUAAAUUUACAGAACGUAAGACAAAAGUAAAGAAGUGGAUAGCAAAUAGCUGUAAAUAAAUAUUAUUUAUAGGAUUCUUUUU